ACCUCUUCCCUUCUCAUUCCUCCUCUGGAGCAACAACAAAAACAACCUCAACUCACUGACAGAGACUCUUAACACCUCAGAACAAGACAGGCCACAUUAUCCCUACACUUCCAGCCCUCUUUCUUACUUAAACCCAGCUUCAACAGAUUUAACCCCCUCCACCCUGUGGCCAUGGGAGAAGACUCAUCGCACGCCGAGCGCAGCAGCAACAGCAGCAGCAUCUUGGUCAACCCCCAGCAGUAUCAGGCACAGCAAGACAACAUGGACCUCCUGGUGUCCAGCUUCAGCCCCAGCUCAGCACCCUCCUCCCCCACCAACACCCUCUCCAGGCUGGGCUUGAAAACCCCUGGGAGCCUCGGACCUGGAAGUCCCACCAGUCCCACUGCCAGGGACCAGGUGAGCGCCAUCACAGUGGUGGCUCUACUCGACAAGCUGGUCAACAUGCUGGAGGCAGUGCAGGAGAAUCAGCGACGCAUGGAGUUGCGUCAGGCCGACCUGGAGGGCGCCGUGCGGGGGGUCCAGGGCGACGUGACCCGCCUUUCCAAGAACCACACCAGCACAUCCAACAGCGUGAACAAGCUGCUAGAGCGCUCACGCAAGGUCAACACCCACAUGAAGGAUGUGCGGGAGCGGCUGGACAAGCAGGCGUCGCAGGUGAAGCGGCUGGAGGCCAACCAUGGACACCUGCUAAAGAGGAACCACUUCAAAGUGCUCAUCUUCCAGGAAGACAACGAGAUCCCCUCCAGCGUGUUCAUCAAGGACUCCCCCAAGACCCCCCAAGCCAGCCAGAUAGAGGACGAUGCCCCUGCGGCGCCUGCCCUGUCCGUCGCCGGGACAGACGCCAACCGGUCCCAGGAGGAGGGUCUCCAUACCAUCAGCCUGUCCUCCUCCGACGAUGAUGCCGGGGGUCUCCACGAGGAAGACGAAGCCCUGGAGGGUGAGGCAACACUGGGCCUGGGAGCGGCCCGGCCCUCCUCUGAGAGAUCCAGAGCAGACCGGCUGAAGCGCUCCAGCCUGAAGAAGGUGGACAGCCUGAAGAAGGCUUUCUCACGCGAGAGCAUUGAGAAGAAGAUGAGCAAGAUCGGCACCAAGAUUGUGCCACCCGCGAGCCGCGAGAAGAUCAAGAAGAGCUUCACACCCAACCACCCGAAGAGCCCUGCCGCCAAGAGUUCCUCCUUCAAGGUGUCGCCCAUGACCUUCAAUGUGAAGAAGAUGCGUGGUGAAGGGGAGGACCCAACCCAGCCCGGAGGCUCGCCUAGCGGGCAUGCCCACGUGGAGAUCCCUCCCCUGGGAAGCAUGGAUGGGGAUCUGCCUCUGGCCGAGGUGCACUCCAAGGAAGGGCUAGGUGUGGAGGGAGGAGAGGAGCUGGCUAGUCCCUCUAGCACUGGGAGCGUGGAGGUUGAGCUGACCUUCAAUGGAGAAGCGGGGAGCCUUGAGUGUGACCUGACCACUGAUCGUCGGGCGGGGCUCGCUCUCCCGGAGCAUGAUGACGAUAUUGGGGAGGAGGAUGACGAAGAGGAGGAGCAGGAGAGCCCGGUGGAGGUGAAAUCCCCCAUACCUGCUGCUACUGGAAUUACUGUGGAGCAAGCCUCUUAAUCUCAUCCAUCUCAUCCUUUGCUCCAGCACACCCCUUGCCCUCUUCAUGUUACCAUGCCAACAGUAUAGUCAUCCCUCCAUCUUUCCAAAUCAUUUUUCCGAGAGAGACACACAUGCGCACAUACGCACGCAUACACACACACGGACACACACACACACACACAAUGUAUACACAACAUGAAAGAAGUGUCCUCGGCAGACCUAUUUCUGAAAAAACUCAAUCUCCUGUGCCAGCAAUACAGGGCAUCCCCUUGCAGCCCUCCUUCGCCUCCAGCCCUGCAUGCAUGAUUUAUCCAGGAGAUCCAUGGGAUGAUCCCAGAUCACCAACCUCACCUUUAGAGAUCCUGAGUGACCCAGAGUUAUCAAGAGUGAUCAAGAGACCCUGCAUCAGUUGCUCCUGCCUGGUGUGUAUAACUAGCUACCCUUCUGUGGGGCUACCUUAAGAAAAGAACCAGCGUGCCAAGAGACUAUUACUCACCUUCCCAACUGGAACAUUGCUUCUGUUUCAAGAGAACAGCACAUCUCCAGUACACUGAGCCAACUAUCUCUCUCUAUUUGUCUGUCUCUGCAUGGGCCUCUCUGUCUGUCUGACGGAUAGUCUCUUUGUUCCUCUGCCUCAUGUGAAUGUCGGUAAAUCUCUGGCAAAAAGGGUAAAGCCCCACAGUUUGGGGAUGGUAGCCUGUUGCCAGGUAGUCUGGGCAUUGGUAUGGGUGGUAGCUAGGUUUCUACAGUAAGGUUUGUGUAAGGCUGUAGUAUGUUCAAAUGCUAUGUCUGAAAAUAGCUUCUUAUCUUCAUCAAGGAUAUUUUUAUUAUUUCAGAGAGCAGGUUCAAAGUAAAAAGGGGGAUAGGGAGGAAGUACGAUGAGGGAAGGAAAGUCGUUUAGAGUGUUGGGAUGAGUCAAAUACAUGAUGUGGCAAAUGCGGUGCGCUUCAUUUCACUUAUAAUGCAACCACUGGAAUAGUCCCAAAAAGUGCUAACUCUGCACCUCAGGCAUGCGGGUCAAGCUGAAUCAAGCGCACCUCAGGUAUUUGAAUGUUUGUGAUACAUGUAUUUGACCCAUGUCUGGAUGUAACCAUACAAGCUGAGUGCAGGGAAAUAGCCAUAGACUUGAGGCAGUUUUGUGCCAACCCUACCAUAGUUUAUUUGCCAUAAUAAAUACUCUCACUAAAACAGCUUAAACAACUGCUUGAAAGUGGUUAAUGGUUCACUAGGUACAGACCACACCAACAUUUGGGGAGAGUAAAUUGAUAUAUCUGUCUUAGGUUAACGUCUGCUGGAGCAGCAUUGAGACAGGAGAAGAUAACCUAUGACCUUAAAGGCUCUACAUACUGGGACUUUCCUAAACCACCCUAUAUCAGGGCAAUUAUAAUCUUACAUAUAUGUACAUAUUAGAUUAUGGGAUUAUCAGCGGGUAUAACGAUUUAUAUAGAAUCAUGUUUAUUGAAUACUGUCAACAUUUAUUGGGUACUGUCACCUGAGUAUUGUACUUCCAUAAUAGUAUAUGUGGACUUUUGGAGUUGAUCACUCACAUAAACAAGGUUUGCAUAGCACUCACAUAAACAACGUUUACACACUCUUAUAUGGUUGAAACACACACACACACACACAAAACCUUAAA